AUGACCCCAGACAUUCUCGCAUCUCUCGGCCCUCUGUUCUCCAACGCCAACGACCUCUUGACGGAAGGUGCCGUCAAGGAGAUCAAUGGCCUACUAGACAACGCCAACAAUCUCCUCACCGCGGAUUCAGCCAAGGAUAUCGGUGGCCUGCUUGCCAGCGCCAGCGAUCUGCCCACGCGCAAGUUCGUUCACGAGACCUAG